CGUGAAUCACGCACCUGCCUGCAGUGGCUGACAGGCUGGUUCGUCCUUAACUUUGAAAUAGGAUGUCAGAAGUUAUAAAACGGCCCAGCUACAUAAGCGGUCAGUUUAAAAAACAAAACAAAAAACCCCCAAAAAGGUCAGCACGACAACAGCGACACAACGAGGUUGGAAAAAAGUAAGCAUGGCAACAGCCACAACGACAGCGACACCUGUUGCUAGCCGAAAGCAGGACAACGAAGUUUGGAUUCUGCUGUUAGCCUGCCACAAAAAGCUAAGCUACCACAACCAAUGCCAAAAGUAGCCGCACAAAGAGAAUAUGAGGGUUUUUCUCAGUCAGCGCCGGUCUGAUGUUCCGGUCUGGAGUUAACUGAGGACUAUCUCUACUCUGGCUGAAGACAAAAGAUGGGAAACUGUUCCCGGGGGACAAGGAUUGUCAGAGUCAUAAUGAAUGGGGCGCUUUUACAGUCAAGCUCCAUGGAGACAAACCAGAGACAUUGGAGAAGUUGUGGGAUAAUCCUGGAUGCCCCUGACCGCUUGUGCCAAUAUCUGUGUUUUCAGCGGCUGGACUCUCGUGUGAUCACAGCCUGUAAUGCAGGCACGGCUUGAGUGGUUUUCAGUGGCAACAACACUGCAGGGCUUGCUAACAGGAUCGGAUGGUACUGGGUGAGCACCUGCGUGUCUGUCCUCAGGGAUACACCUGCUGCACGUCCGAGAUGGAGGACAAACUCAACCAGCAGAGCAAACUGGAGUUUGAGAACUUGGUCGAGGAGAGCAGCCACAAUAUGAGGACGACAUUUGUCUCGAGGCAUAAAAAGUUUGAUGAGUUUUUCUUGGAGCUUCUGGACAAUUCUGAGAAGUCUCUCAACAGUAUGUUCACACGGACAUACGGGAAGCUGUAUAUGCAGAACUCAGAGGUGUUCCAGGACCUGUUCACUGAGCUAAAGCGAUACUACACGGGGGGCAACGUCAACCUGGAAGAGAUGCUGAAUGACUUCUGGUCCAGGCUGCUGGAGCGCAUGUUCCAGUUACUCAACUCCCAGUACCACUUCACAGACGACUACCUGGAGUGCGUCAGUAAAUACACAGAUCAGCUAAAGCCCUUUGGGGACGUGCCCAGGAAACUCAAGGCCCAGGUCACCAGGGCCUUCAUCGCUGCACGGACCUUUGUCCAGGGGCUAAUGGUGGGUCGGGAGGUUGCAAACAGGGUCGCCAAGGUGAAUGUAGUUCCAGCAUGUGUCAGAGCCUUGACCAAGAUGCUGUACUGUCCAUAUUGUCGUGGGAUGCCUGGGCUGAAACCCUGUCACAACUACUGUCACAACGUUAUGAGAGGAUGUCUAGCGAACCAGGCAGACCUAGAUCCUGAAUGGAACUUCUUCAUCGAUGCUAUGUUACUGGUGGCAGGAAGACUGGAGGGACCCUUCAACAUUGAAGCAGUUAUAGAGCCAAUUGACAUCAAGAUCUCUGAGGCUAUCAUGACCAUGCAGGACAACAGCAUGCAAGUGUCAGCCAAGGUUUUUCAAGGGUGUGGCCAACCAAAGCCAUCAGGAAUAGGCAGGUCUGCACGUGGCAUUUCAGAUGUGUUCAGUGCUCGCUUCAGACCCUACACCCCUGAAGAGAGGCCAACCACAGCAGCUGGAACAAGCCUGGAUAGACUGGUGACUGACAUCAAAGAGAAGUUGAAGGAGUCCAGGAAGUUCUGGUCCAACCUGCCAGAUGACAUCUGUGCCAAGGGCAAGCUCACAGAGUCUAACGAGGAGCAAUGCUGGAACAGCCACACUAAGGGCAGAUAUUUUCCCGAAGUGGUGAAGGAGGGUCUAACCAACCAAGUGAACAACCCAGAGGUGGAUGUGGAUAUAACCAGGCCUGACACACUGAUCCGGCAGCAAAUCAUGGCUCUUCGUGUCAUGACCAACAAGCUAAAAAAUGCCUACAAUGGAAAUGACAUCUACUUCCAGGACUCCAGUGAUGAGGGCAGUAGUUCUGGCAGUGGCAGCGGCUGCUCUGACGGCUGCACAACAGAGUUUGUUUUUGUUGGAACAGAGGCUCCUGUAAUCGGAGCUGACAGGAGUGAUGAACGCGCAGCAGCAGCAGCCGCAGGCAAGUCGCUUUCCCGUGGACCCUCCCUACUGCUGGUGAUUGCUGCCCUCACACUCCCACUCUGGGCAACGCAGACUCAGUGGAGAUAAUACAAGAGUGUGGCCUGAUCACUGACUUUUAUACUGUUACAUACAGUAUGUUUAACAGCAAGGUCUACUGCUGUUCUCUCACUGGACAUGUCAAACCUCCUGGAAACCUGUCGAGAAUGUCUUACUGUAUGGUAGGACUGGAAGUGAGUGCAGUGCUGCAUCCUGCUCGUCCCCCAAAGAAUGCUCGGUGCCAUCACUGAACUAGCUUUCACAUCUCUGAGAAAAAGAAAAUGUGGUGUUUUCUCAUUAUUCUAAAGUGGAUUUUGAAAAACAUGCUCCUCUUACAGGCAGUGACACCAUCUCGAGAUGGCUCUGUCAAUGAUUUUUCCGAUAAAGGGGAAUCUAUUUUUUCUUUUUCUUUGUAUGAUGAAGAUGUGAAAAUGAGACACCCAUUUUAUCCUAUUAGUCUUCUCCCCCUCAAGCAAAAGGAAAAAAUCUUACUGUGUGCAUGCGUGGAAAUAAUGUUAACUGACAAAAACAUUUUUGGGUUGUUUUUUUUUUUAAUGCAGGCUACACAGUUUCGGAUUAGUUGGUACAGGAUUGUACAGUGCUAGCAGUUCACCUGGUUUCCCGUUUGGUCGUGUCAGUACAGCUUCAGGAAACAGCAGUUCUUACAGCCACUUCAUAGUUGCACAUGUGAUUAUCUCUAAGAAAGUGCUAAUAUACUGCACUAAGAUAACUGCUUUGCACAGGUUAUUUUUGUUCACUUCACAAGUUUAUAAAGCUACAUGAAACAUCCAUCCCAUAGAGAAAGAAGAUCUAUAUUUUCAGAUCAUUUAACUGAUUGUAUUGUACUUAUAAACAGUUACAGUAUGUAUUUCACUGGAAGGUACUGUAAUGUAAUGUUAC